AUGGAUUAUUAUUUUGAAGAAGUGUUCUGUAACAUGGACCGCGAUAGUUUAAACGAAAGAUUCAGAAGGCGAGAACUCGUCGAGUAUUUUAAUUCAGUUAUAUCAGGAUGUGCAAAAGGACAAAACAAAUCAGACAAUGUUACUUGCAAGAACUUCGUUACGUCCGCCCUUCGAUAUCAUAAUAAUUGUAAAUCAAAUAACGGCGACGUAUGUUUAAUGGGAAAGUAUCAUAACUUGCUAUAUAUAGCAAUGAAAUUGGCAUUCGAUUGGAGUUUACAAGAUAAUGGAGUGGUAGCAGCCUUACUAGAUGAACUUUACGCUUGUGAAGGCACAUUCGAAAGGAUUUUUCUAGGUGCAAUAUUUGGAACAUCAGCCCCGUAUUUCUUAGCAGGGUGGAAAUCGGACUUCAUGGACAGAGAAGAGAAUGUUCACGCCCUGGUUUUUUUUCUUGAUCAUGCAACCAAUGCUAAUUUAGAGUUCAAAGAAGGUGAAAAAACAUAUCGUUUUAUAGAUGUUCCUUUAGAGAGCUGCGGUAAAGCAUCGCCAGUUAGAGUUGUAAUACAAAUGGGGGCUGCUGAAAUUUUAAUGAUAUUACUCAGAUUUGGAGCUCGAAUAACAUCUGAUCACGUUUCUACGAAUCCCAUAGAAUCCAUUCUGGACAGGUUAAAAGAAUAUAAUCGGAAAUAUCCUUAUGAAUUAGUUACUUGUUUGAAAUUAUCUUUAAGAGCUGUACCGAUACUGAAUUUGACGGUAGAUAAAACCGCAUUUAAGCAUUUGGAGUUGCCAGAUGAUUAUAAUUAUCAAAGGAAAAUUGCCCUGGAAAAAUACGGUGAAAUACUUGAGGAUCAUUUGAUACCCAGCUCACGUUGUGGCUUACAACCUGUAGAAUUAAAGCAUCUAUGCAGAUGUUUGAUACGAAAGAUGCUGUGGGAAAAUUUUGAAUUGCCUUUUGGUAUACAAAAAUUACCAAUACCAUUAUCGUUACAAAAAUAUUUGGACUUACUCGAUGAUUAA